CUCCAGCAGAAACGGACUUUUACUUAACUGUUACUGAUGGCUAAAGGACGGCUAUAAGCCAUCUCUGACUCAGCACUUCACUUCAGAUCAACUUUCCAAAAGGAACUUGAGGAUUACAGUGUCAAGGUCUUCCAGAGAAUUGAUGGCUGACUGGAGGCGGAGCUUCAGCAAAAGUAGAAACUGAUCAUUUGUCCACAGGCUCAUAUCGCUCUGAAGCAUGGGGCCCUAUGAAGCCUCUGACCUACACAGACCUACCUGGACCCGGAAAGUGGAUUAUUUGUAAAUGACUUUUGGUACAGUUCUCUCAAAAUGGAAUAAGUUGCUGUUAUUUUUCUCUUCUGACAUUCUUUCACGCCAUUUCUUGUUAUCAGUCUGAAAUUGUAACACUCCUCUGCAUCAAAGUGCCUUUGCUCGGGUAGUUUAGGCCUAGCUAUGGCUGUUCAGGUUUGUGGAUGUGGAAUAUGUUCCCUCUCCGUUUGGAUCGACUGUGUGUGACAGCUGUCAUGACAGUUCUCUGUGACUGCUUGUUAUUUCUUGAAUGAUGGAGUGUUUACCCGGUCUACGAGCGGAACCUGACUUUACCAGGAUCUGUAUAGCUGCCCUCUUAGUGGAAUACUUGGAUAUUAAAGACAAACUUACUUUAUGCCACUAAUCGUCUGUAAGGAAAUACUUUUAUCAUGGGAUCUGUUUGAAUGAACAUUUAAUUACACAGCUAUCCCUCCACAGCCUCCUACCCUCUCCUCCUGUCCCAUUCCUUCUCAUCAUACUGAGUUUCUUCCUUUUUUCACCCACUGUACCCACUUGUGUUUGUGCUUUCCGUUUGUCUGCACCAUGGAAUUGCCAACUAAGUGGAGUCGAGCUAGUGUUAUCAGCUUUAUCAAAGGACUUGCCUCUCCAGUGGGAUUGAAGCCACCACUCUCACCAGUCAGUGGAAUCACGGGAGAGAGGAGGGGUCCUGUCGCCAUGGCGCCCGUAAACGUGGACCCUGAGAGUAAGCCGGGCGAGUUUGUCCUAAAAAGCCUGUUUGCGAACUUCACCUUGCUCUCAGAACGCAAGAUUCGCAUAAUCAUGGCUGAACCACUGGAGAAACCACUCAAUAAAUCUCUGCAGAGAGGAGAGGACCUUCAGUUUGACCAGCACAUCAGCACUAUGAGUUCUUUAGCAGAGUACUGCCUACCAUCUAUCCUGAGGACUCUGUUUGACUGGUACAAAAGGCAAAACGGCCUGGAGGAUGAGUCCCAUGAAUACCGACCCAGGGCCAACACAAAGUCAAAGAAUGAUGAGCAGCAGAAGGACUAUUUAUUAGAGCGAAGAGAUCUGGCAAUAGAUUUCAUGUUUUCUCUCGUGCUGAUAGAAGUUUUAAAGCAGAUCCCUCUUCAUCCUCUUUUGGACGGACUUAUCCAAGAAGUCAUAAACCUGGCAUUCAAGCACUUCAAAUAUAAGGAAGGGUAUUUUGGACCCAACACAGGCAAUAUGCACAUUGUGGCUGACCUCUAUGCUGAAGUAGUGGGAGUUGUAGCUCAAUCCAGGUUUCCAGCAGUGAGGAAGAAAUUCAUCUCUGAGCUCAAGGAGCUCAGACAGAAGGAACAGAGCCCAUAUGUCAUUCAAUCUACUAUCACCCUCAUCAUGGGACUUAAGUUCUUUCGCAUUAAAAUGUACCCAGUGGAAGACUUUGAAGCCUCCUUCCAGUUCAUGCAGGAGUGUGCACAGUAUUUCUUGGAAGUGAAGGACAAAGACAUUAAGCACUCAUUAGCUGGACUCUUCGUGGAGAUACUAGUUCCUGUAGCUGCUACUGUGAAAAAUGAGGUGAACGUGCCGUGUCUACGAAAUUUUGUUGAGAGUUUGUAUGACACCACCUUGGAUCUGUCCUCCAGGAAGAAGCACUCUCUGGCUUUGUAUCCUCUGGUCACCUGUCUGCUGUGUGUCAGCCAGAAACAGUUCUUCCUCAGCCGCUGGCACAUUUUCCUCAACAACUGUCUCUCUAACCUCAAGAAUAAAGACCCCAAGAUGGCACGUGUGGCUCUAGAAUCACUCUACCGACUGCUCUGGGUUUACAUGAUUCGGAUAAAAUGUGAGAGCAACACUGGAACACAAAGUCGUCUGACAUCCAUCACAUCAACGUUGUUCCCAAAAGGCAGCCGUAGUGUCGUGCCCAGAGACAUGCCCCUCAAUAUUUUUGUCAAGAUUAUCCAGUUCAUUGCACAGGAGAAACUGGAUUUUGCUAUGAAGGAGAUCAUAUUUGACCUGCUGAGUGUUGGGAAACCUGCCAAAGCCUUCAGUCUCAAUCCUGAGCGUAUGAAUAUCGGUCUGCGGGCAUUUCUAGUGAUAGCAGAUGCUUUGCAGCAAAAGGAUGGGGAACCUCCGAUGCCCAACACAGGAGCCACUCUGCCCUCUGGAAACUCUCUGAAGAAGAAGAAAACAUAUCUCAGCAAGACUCUUACUGAAGAAGAGGCCAAACUCAUUGGAAUGUCCUUGUACUACUCCCAGGUGCGAAAGGCUCUGGACAACAUGAUGAGACAUUUGGACAAAGAGGUGGGCCGCUGCAUGAUGCUCACCAGCGUCCAAAUGCUCAACAAAGAACCAGAGGACAUGAUCACUGGUGAACGGAAGCCUAAAAUUGACCUGUUCAGGACGUGUGUGGCAGCCAUUCCUCGUAUACUUCCUGAUGGCAUGUCCAAACCUGAGCUCAUUGACCUGUUGUCACGGCUUACAGUGCACAUGGAUGAUGAGCUUCGUCUCAUUUCCCAAAACUCCCUACAGAGCCUUUUGCUUGAUUUCUCAGACUGGCGGGAAGAUGUCUUAUUUGGUUACACACACUUCCUUUUGCGUGAGGUACAGGACACACACCAAGGUUUGCAGGAUGCAUCUGUCAAGCUCCUUCUACAGCUGCUGACACAGUGGAGGUUAGCGUUACAGCUCCAAGGGAAGAUGCGAGGCGGAAUUGAGGCCAGCCCUAGAUUAUCUGAGAAAAGCCCUCACUGCUCAGUGCUCCAUGCUGUUGAGGGUUUGGCUCUGCUCCUACUCUGCUCUUGUCAGAUUAGCACAAGAAAACUGGCAGUUGGCGUCUUAAGAGAAAUACGCUGCCUUUUCACAGCUCUGGGACAUGCUGAGGAUGAUGACAAACCAAUGAUAGAGAUCAUGGACCAGAUGAGCCCAGCUGUAAUGGACAGCAUUGUUCAUGUAGCUGUCUCUGACUCGGCCACUUUGCCACUGAGCCACCAUGUGGACCUCCAGUGGUUGGUGGAAUGGACGGCACGGCUGGUGAGCAGCUCCUAUGACGUGAAGAGCCCCAGUCAUGUCUGGAUAUUUGCUCAGUGUGUGAAGGACCCAUGGGUGCUCUGUCUGCACAUCUUCCUGAGGCAGGAGCACCUCCCAAAACACUGUCCCAUCGCAUUGGGCUAUGCCUGGCCUUACGCAUUUACACGACUACAGCUGCUACUGCCACUGGUUGACCCCAACAGUCCAGUGAAUGCUAAGAAGACCAGCACAGCAGGCUCUAGUGACAGCUACAUCUCUCUAUGGAGAAACUAUCUAAUUCUGUGUCUAGGUGUGGCUAAGCCAAGCAUUAUGUCCCCGGGUCACCUCAGAGCUUCCACACCAGAGAUCACCGCCACCACACCCGAUGGCAGUGUCACCUAUGACAACAAGGUGAUAGGCACGCCCUCUGUGGCCUGGCUUUUAAAACAGCUGGUACCGCUGAUGAGAGCUGAGAGUUUGGAGAUCACAGAGUCUCUGGUGCUGGGCUUUGGAUGCACAAACGCUCUCGUAUUCAGGGAGUUAGUUGAAGAACUUCAUCCACUGAUGAAGGAAGCGCUGGAACGUAGACCUGAGAAUAAGAAGCGCAGAGAGAGGAGGGAUCUUCUCAGGCUGCAGCUCCUGCGGAUCUUUGAACUGUUGGCUAAUGCAGGAGUGAUCAGUGACAGUACUAACGGAGCACUAGAACGUGACUCCUUGGCGCUGGGAGCUUUAUUCCUUGAGUAUGUGGACCUAACCCGGAUGCUUCUGGAGGCUGAGAAUGAGAAGGAGCUGGAUGUCCUUAAAGACAUCAGAGCGCACUUCAGCGGCAUGGUGGCUAAUCUCAUUCAGUGUGUUCCUGUCCACCACAGGCGCUUCCUCUUCCCCCAACAAUCUCUGAGACAUCAUCUCUUCAUCCUCUUUAGCCAUUGGGCUGGGCCCUUCAGUGUAAUGUUCACACCCCUUGAUCGUUACAGUGACCGUAACCACCAGAUCACUCGGUACCAGUACUGUGCACUCAAGGCCAUGUCAGCAGUUCUGUGUUGUGGUCCAGUGUUUGACAACGUGGGACUCUCCACUGAUGGCUAUCUCUACAAAUGGCUUGACAACAUCUUGGCUUGCCAUGACCUACGGGUUUUCCGUUUGGGGUGUGAGGUGGUGAUCCUGCUUUUGGAACUGAAUCCAGACCAGAUCAACUUGUUCAACUGGGCUGUGGAUCGAUGCUUCACUGGAUCUUACCAGCUAGCAUCUGGCUGCUUCAAGGCCAUCGCCACUGUUUGUGGUAACAGGAAUUAUCCAUGUGACUUAGUGACCUUGCUCAAUCUGGUGUUGUUCAAGGCCUCUGAUACCAGCCGAGAAAUAUAUGAGAUCUCCAUGCAGCUAAUGCAGGUCUUGGAGUCCAAGCUGUGCGUGUAUUCAAAAAGGAUGGUGGAGCAAAAGCCCAGUAAUAUUCUCUAUGGAACCCACGGCCCGCUGCCUCCGCUCUACAGUGUCAACCUGUCUCAGCUCUCCAUUCAGCUGGCCAGCAUGUAUCCUGAACUCACCCUGCCUCUGUUUUCAGAGGUUAGCCAGCGUUUCCCAACUACUCACCCCAAUGGCAGACAGAUCAUGCUGUCCUACCUCCUCCCCUGGCUCAGUAACAUUGAACUGGUGGAUACGGGAUUGUUACCACCUGCUUCAAGCCCCUGUACGCCAGAGGACGAAGCUCGAAGUCAGACACAGACCAUGGGACUGUCCCCCAGUCUGAGAGGUAAUGGCUGGGGCUCCCUGCAGGCCACAUCGCUCGUGCUCAACAACCUCAUGUUCAUGACAGCUAAGUAUGGGGAUGAGGUUCCUGGCCAAGAGAUCGAGAAUGCCUGGAAUGCUUUGGUGUCCACAGAGAGGUGGAGCAACAAUUUACGAAUCACGCUACAGUUCCUCAUCAGUCUGUGUGGAGUCAGCAGCGACACCACACUGUUGCCUCAUAUUAAGAAGGUGGUGAUCUACCUCUGUCGAAACAACACCAUCCAGACGAUGGAGGAGCUGUUGUUUGAGCUGCAGCAGACUGACCCGGUCAACCCUGUGGUUUUGCACUGUGACAACCCUCCUUUCUAUCGUUUUGCUGCCAGCAACAAAUCCUCCACCUCACAGACAGGUACCACGUCCAGCAGUAACACUGUGGUGGCAGGUCAGGACAACCUUCCAGACACAGAUGAGACCAAACUGACGAGAGAGAGCGAAGAGCGGGCCAGGGCUCACAACAGACUGGAGUCUCGCUAUAGCAACAGUUCUGGAGGUUCCUAUGAAGAUGAGAAGACUGACCCACUGCCUCCUUAUGCUUGUUGGCUGCUGAACAUCCUGGAGACGAACCGUCCUCAACCAUUACCCAUGCCUGUUAAUGGAGGCUGCUGGGCUCCUCUGGUGGACUACCUCCCAGAAACCAUCACACCUAGAGGACCAUUGCAUAGGUGUAACAUUGCAGUGAUCUUCAUGACUGAAAUGGUGGUGGAUCACAGUGUGAGAGAGGACUGGGCAUUACAUCUGCCCCUUUUACUCCAUGCCCUCUUCUUGGGUCUGGACCACUAUAGACCAGAAGUCUAUGAACACAGUAAACGCCUCCUUCUCCACCUCCUCAUUGCCCUCUCCUGCAACAACAACUUUCAGGUAAUAGCUUCAGUGUUGAUGUUGACCAGAGAGAUUAGCGACAACAAGACUCUCACCGUAAAGUCCAGCUACCACACUGAGUACCAGCAGUCACAUACACCUGACUUCCUGCGUGAGUGGCAGACGUCUCCAGUGGGGGAUUCCGGUCUUAGCUCCACUUCUAACUCUUCCUCUACCAGUCUGGCUGGUGGCAGCACUGCAGGCAGUGUUGGAAAUUUGCCACUUGGAACCCCUGAUGACCUGGAGGACCUCGAAGACGCACCAAAUGAGACGGAUGAGAAGACACACAAGCUUAUUGAGUUCCUCUCCACAAGUGCCUGGAGUACUGUGUUGUCAUUGCUCAGAGCCUAUGGGCCACUGUGGGUACAUGAGGACAUCACACCAAAGAACCUCAACUCCAAAAGCACAGAGCAGCUCUCCAACUUCUUACGGCACGUUAUCUCUGUCUUUAAGGAGUCCAAGUCAGACUUCCACCUGGAGCAGCAGCUGAGCGACGUGGCCUUACAGACAGCUCUGUGCAGCUCCUCGCGCCAUUAUGCUGGCCGUUCUUUCCAGAUCUUCAGAGCCCUGAAACAGCCCAUCAACAACCACGCUGUCUCUGAUUUGGUCUCGCGGCUCGUUGAGGUCGUAGGAGAGCAUGGAGAUGAGGUGCAGGGCUAUGUGAUGGAGGUACUGUUAACAUUGGAGUCAGUGGUGGUGAAUCUGGCAGAAUGUCUGAAAAACAGUGACCUCAUGGCAGCUCUAACUAGGACGUCUUCACCAGACUUUGUGAUGAGUGACAAACUGAUGAACAGAAAAAGCACAGGACAGUUGAACCUCCCUGGUCCAGGAUUUGUAGGUCUGUCAUCACAGCGCCACCAGCGCUCUUACUCUGUCCCUAAGAAAUUUGGCGAGUGUGGGAACCAGUUGAAUGAUCCACCACGCAGCGCUACUCUGGACCGUAUCCAGGCUUGCAACAAUCAUGGACUCUCAAGAACCGGAAGAACCCCUGGCUCCUGUUCAUCAUCAACUAAUCGUAUUGAUCCCAGUGUGCUGUCUGAUCCUGCCCAUGUUUCCCAUCCUUCAUCAAUAUUAGCCACAGUGUUCUGGGUGGCGGUAUCACUCAUGGAGUCAGAUUUUGAGUUUGAGUAUCAGAUGUCCCUUCGCCUUGUUCACAAGCUCCUAUCAAAGGUGCCCUUAGACAGAGCAGAGAACCGCGAACGCCUAGACAAACUGCAGGCUCAGCUAAGGUGGAGCGGCUUCUCUGGGAUACAGCAGCUUUUGUUGAAGGGCUUCACCUCGCAGGCCACUUCUGAUCUCACCCUGCAGCUCUUCUGUCAACUCACACCUGUCUCCCGUGUGCCUGUUGUAGACAGCUCACAGAGUAUAGGUUUCCCUCUGAAUGUACUGUGUCUGUUGCCUCACCUGGUGCAGCACUUUGGUCACCCAACUCAGUUUUGCAAAGAGAGUGCUGAGAGAAUCGCACAGGUGUGUUUGGAAGAGAAGAACACAAAACUGUCCCAUCUGGCCCACGUGAUGACCCUGUAUAAGACUCGUUCCUAUACACGGGACCCUUUCUCUUGGGUCAGUGUGGUUUGCCGCUACCUCCACGAGGCUUUCUCUGACAUCACACUCAGCAUGGUCACCUACAUGGCUGAGCUGUUGGAUAAAGGCCUGCCCAAUAUGCAGCAGUCUCUGCUGCAGAUAAUUUACUGUCUCCUCAGCCACAUGGACCUGACUGCUGUGCAGGUCAAACAGUUCAAUGCUGACGUCAUGAAAACCAUUGAAAAAUUUGUACAGACGGUGCAUUGGAAGGAUGCCUUAAACAUCUUGAAGUUGGUGGUAUCUCGCUCUGCCAGCCUCGUGCACCCAGUGUACGGACACACGCAGGGCGACCUUUCCAAUUUGGAGGUCAGCAGGGUGUGGGACGGCUCAGCAAAGGCUCUGCCUGGGAAAACACUAGACUUCACCUUUGACAUCUCUGAGACUCCAGUGAUUGGGCGUCGGUUCGAUGAACUCCAGGGUUCAGGGGUUAGACAGGGGAAAGCUAGAGCCAUGGCUGUAACACGGAGCACUUCCUCAACCUCCUCUGGAUCCAAUUCCAACACUAUUUUGGUGCCUGUCAGCUGGAGGCGACCACAGUCUUCUCAGAAGAGAACAAGAGAAAAGCUCGUGAACGUUCUGUCACUUUGUGGACAAGAAGUUGGACUCACCAAGAACCCGUCUGUGAUCUUCUCAUCCUGUGGUGAUCUGGACUUGAUGGAGGUGAGAGAGAGUGGCGUGUCAUCAGAAGAGGGUGGAACCAGGGAAGACACUCUGGACGACACAGCUAGUGAGCAGCAGUUUCGGGUUUUCAGAGACUUUGACUUCCUGGAUGUGGAGCUGGAGGACGGGGAGGAGCUCCAGGGUGAGAGUUUGGAUAACUUUAACUGGGGUGUACGUCGGCGUUCGCUGGACAGCACGGAGCUGGGCGACCUGCUGGAGGAGAGCCAGCACUCAGGCAGCACCCCCAGUCUGGGUCACGAGGACCCCCAUGAUUCUGAUGCGUCCUCAGAGGAGGAGGAGUCGUCAACAAGCCAGAGCCUCUCUCACUCUCAGCUUACUAACCCCUCUCCUUCAGAGGAAAUCAAUCACACUGACUCGCUGUCGACUUCUUAUGAUACAUCUGCUGACCCACAAUCCUUUAAUGCCACUACACCAAUUCAGGGGGCACUUCAUGAUGACCACAGGGGUCUACAUAUGAGAGUGUGUGGUGAGGAUGAAGACACUCAGGCUCAGUAUGACGAACUGUCAUUGAGCACUAAUGAGCUCCCGCACGGCUCAGACUGUGGUGAGAGCUUGACCCUGGAGCUGCCAGGUCAGCCUCAGGAUCAGCCACCCAAUCUGGUUCACCGCAUCCACCCAGACUACUGCCAGCCACCACUGGACGUUCUAGACCCCAGCUGUCUGCCCAGGUUGCGUGACUAUGUGGAUGACCUGGAAGACCUGGGCUUUCCUCCUCCCCCUUCUCCAUUUUUCUCUGCCAUCUUAGCGGCUUUCCAACCCACAGUAUGUGACGAUGCUGAGGAAGCAUGGCAUUGCCAUAUCAACCAGCUCGUUACUGAUUUAGAUGGGUCCUGUGCUGUCUACACUUUUCAAGUCUUCUCAUCUCUCUUUAAGAACAUCCAGGGUAAAUUCUGCAUCCUGACAACUGAUGUAGCCACUUACCUUGGUGAGGGCCUGAGGGGUAUCGGAUCUAAGUUCCUCAGGUCCUCACAGAUGCUCACAACAUGCUCAGAUUGUCCCACAAUCUACAUCGACGCUGACACAAUCAUGUCUUAUGGUCUUCUGGAAAAGAUGAAGUUCAGCGCAUUGGAGCUGCAGGAGUACCUGGAUACCUACAACACCAGAGAGGAAGCUGCCGUAUCGUGGCUGAGGAACUGUAAGGACACAUUUCCCAGAUGUCCCGGUGACAGUGUGGUUACCUGCCAGCCUGGUGACUCAGAGGAGAAGCAAAUGGAGUCUCUUGCACAACUGGAGCUUUGUCAGAGGCUGUACAAGCUGCACUUCCAGCUUCUUCUACUGUUCCAGUCAUACUGCACGCUCAUUAAUCAGGUUCAUGCAGUCAGCUCUGUGCCCGAGCUGUUAAACAUGUCUCGUGAGCUUACCGAUCUGAGGACCAGCCUGCAGGCGGCAGAGGCAGCUGUAACCAGCGAUCUGGAACACAAACAUGUGGCUCACAUGCACACACACACCACCCAGGCGGCAUCCAUGGUUGUGCCCAGCUUCCCCACCUCUGAGGCAGCAGUGCAGGCCAUUCUCGAGUCCCUUAGGAACCACGACUUCAUCAAAGCUGUCCGCUUCAUUCAAGAAUGCAGGAAACAGUGGCCCCACGGAGUGUUUGGUGGCAGCUCAGAGACUGAAGUCCAGACGCUCCUCAAUAUCUACUUUCGCCAUCAGACCCUGGGCCAGACAGGCACCAUUGCUCUGGUUGGUUCCUGCCAGGACCUCAGUCUGAUCUGCUCCAAGCUUCUCGAACUCAACGGGGAGAUUCGUGACAUGAUCCGCCACGCCCAGGGUUACCGGGUCGUCACAACCUACCUCCCCGACUCCAGCGCCUCUGGGACCAGCCUCUGACAGGACCUCAGGAGCCCCCCACCCUUAUCUCCCCCUUCAGUACAGUCACUAACCCUUCCUAUGUUUCCCUCACUACAUCUGAGCCAUCAGUCAUCUCUGCCUGCUGUCACAGAAGAGAACCAGCAGCCCUAUACCUGGCCCCUGCCUCCUCCCGUGUGUCUGCUGCCCCAGAUGCAGGCCUCCAGACGUCCUGCCUACCAUCCAGCGCAACACUAAAUCCAAAAUCAAACCUUCACCAUGGCCCAGAUGCUAUUUGGCUCUCCUCAUUCCCAUCCACUGUAGAUUCUGAGUCAUCUCUGCUUGAAUUUCCGAAGCCCCCGGACCUGUUCUCAUCCCAUGGAAAAAGGCAGCACCCCUUCUCGCCUUUUAAACCAGAUACUACACAACCACACACAUGGCGAGAUCCACUGAGGGCUUACAGCAAUGAGGGCACUAACAUUUAUUCAUCGUGCAGUUCCCCACUGCUGCCUUUAAACACUAAAUCACAAAUGUUGCCAUCUUUUGCCCCCCCCAGUCUCCCCACUGUCGCUUCAGAACCCAAUUUGCUCACACACUGUGACGCGUACGCUGCACCCAGUCUGCCUCAGGGUUCCCACCUGCCUGACUUCCCCAGUUCCCCAUACAAACACUCAAACCCAUCAUCAGCUCCACACACGGCCCACGGCAAAGUCUUAACACGUUGUCCCACCCCGUCCAUGUCCCUGCUCCCUCCCCCACCACCUUCAUCCUGUCCCACUGCCCCGGGAGGCGCUGCAGCAUGGGGUUGCUGCUGCUCCCUCAGCGGUGCUGCUACACCUUUUGCUCGCUACCUAAGCAAAGUCGGGCAUGCCGCUCUGCCCCUGUUGAAAGCAGGGGGGCUCCUGAACACUGAACCCUCAGACAUCCAGACUUGAGACAUUAAAACGUAGCAUACCAGAGGAUUUAGAGAGCUUACGCUGCUCUGGAUCCAAAAUACCUGGAAACAAGUUAUGCUGACAAACCUGAAAAUACAAGUAUCUGCGGAAGAGGAUGACAUCCUCCAGAUAGUUGAAAAUGAUGACACUUAAGUCAACGAUAAUGACAGUAAAUCACAUCCUAGACGUACACUACUGGAGAAUAUUACUGAACCCACAGUAUAUUAUUUACUACAGCUGCCUGCUGAUUAACUCGACUUGAUGUGAUUCUCUCCAAAUGCUAGUUGUGUGUUUUAUAAUCAAUGUGCACCUAGUUUUAAGUCCUGCUUGACAGUCGUAAUUCAGCAGCUAAUCUGUACUGCACCCGAGGAUCCGAGAAGGCACUUGGUACUGAUUCUUACUUAUUUCCUAUAGGAACUCAAGACAUGAACUGUCGCUGCCCCCUGCAGGAAGUAAGCUGGUUGGUAGCAUUGCAAGUUACAGCAAAGACGCUGCCGGUGAUGCUACACAUUGCCGAUAGCAUUCUCACUUUUGCACUAAAUUAGGUUUUUUAUUAGAUUUUGUUUGUUUUACAGGCGUGUGUUGUGUAACUGUUUGUACUGUGAGAGAAAAGGCUGUCACUUUACCUGAGAAGGAAAAGUUCAAAGCUGGAAGAACUUUUCUCUCCUCCUCAUGUCUAUUGUUUGGACACUUUUUCUUUGCAGGAUAUUGUGCAAUGCAUGACAUAAAUGAAUGCGGUCUACUCCACUGCUGUCGGUUUUUGCUCCCACAAAUCUGAGUGCUUUAGACCGAUGGAGAGACGAUUGACAGAGUGGACGCAGGAUGAUCGAGCAUUGAUCCUUGUCCCAGUUUAGUUUCCGUAUUGGUGAACCAGCUUGUCUUCUGCUAUUACGAAAACCGUUGUGUGUGCAGGAUGCACUCUUCUGUGACUAGUUGUAGCAUCAUUAGUGAGUGUACAACACUGUAUAAUUGUGACUGUUCUACACUGUAAGACGUGGGCCUGAUGUGUUCCGACGGGAUAGUGUAUGUGUACACUUAACUGUGUCUGUACGCUGUUUAUUAUAGGCGCACAACUACUGUAGAAUAUAUUUGUGUCAUUUGUAGUAACCUGACAAGGGAAAUGUUGACUUUCACUACUCUGUGUGCAACACAAACUUGUGCUACUACUGAAGUCGAACACUUUACUGUCAGCCCUUUUUAUUUCCCUCUAGCAGUUUGCUCUUUGCUGUUUAAUAUCCUUUUCCUAUUUAUAUCUGAUGAUGUGUAAAUCCACUCAUUCAGCUUUGUUUUAUAGCCGUUCUCCAAAUCAAACUGCCAUGCAUGCAUCUAUCUCCCGUGUACUGUAUGGAGUAUUUUAAAUAUUUAUUAGACUUGUUUUAACAGAUGUUUCUAUGGAGGUACAAAUGGGAGCUGUAAGCUCAGUAUAAUUUCUGUGGGAGAAAGCGUGUGUGCAUGCCAAAUAAUAAAUUGCACAUUUUUUAAAAAAGCUUUUUAGAUGAAGACUGUAGUUUUUUGUUUUGUUUUUUUCUUCAUGUUGUAAAUACUUUUACAGCCUUUGUGAAAUUGAGUUGAAAGCUCUGUACAAGCUGGUGACAAAGUAAAAGAUAUCAAAUGUU